GAAAGAAAUAUGGAUACACCCAGAUGGCAGCAAACGUUCUCAUAGGACAACAUCAUCCACUGAACCAAAUCAAGACAUUGAUGAGGAAGAACUAUCAAAAUUGUCUCAGUCUGAAGUUAACAAAAGGUUCAUUGUAAGUUUUCUACACGUUCACGGAAAGCUGUUUACUAAAGUUGGUAUGGAGAGUUUUCAAGAUACUGCAUUACAAAUGUUAAGGGAAUUUCGCAAAUUAUUAUCAAAUACACCRAUACCUAUCAUCCCGACAAGGUUUUUGCAGUAUUUGGCUUUGAACAUGUUUUCAAUUGAAUAUAGUCGUCCAAAAGAAACACACGUAGAGCAAGGAUAUUGGUCUACAGUUCAUGAAUGUGCAUUGGCAAUGUCAUUACAAAUGUUUAGCUUGAUYGUUGACCGAUGCAAUCAACUUUUGAAAGACAUCUUGAAUAAAGAUGAUGGAUCCACAGCUAAACAGUUAAUUGGUAGUGACAUAGAUUUUUUGUUACCACCCAUAAAGGUAUGGUGUGAUUGGCUUCUAUGUAAUUCUAAAGUAUGGAAUCCACCCCCAUCGUGUUCAGAUUAUAAACUCUCUGGGACUGGAGAUUGUUGGUGUCGAUUAGCUUCUCUAGUAAACAAUUUAGAAAAAUUUCGAGAGCGUUUUAAAUUAGUUUUGAAUGAGCCUGACGAUAGCGAUCCAAGUAAGAGAAAAAAAUCUAAUUUUUUUGUUUGA